CCAGCCACUGACUUCUAUUUCUUGAGAAAAUUGGUAACAGGCUUGAUUUUUCCCUUCCUUUUCUAGUUAAAGAACUGAUUUUAGGACCUAGAACCCUCCCUUUGAAGUAGGAAUUUCCAGAUCUGCCCUGCUCUUCCUCCCCUAUCCGCCGGUGUUGCUAGGUACGAAUUUCUGGGCAUUUCUCUGGUAAGAUUCAGCCAUGAAUCCCUCUCUUUAGCCUUGAUUCAAGUUGGGUUACUCUAAUUUCCUUUUUUUUCCUUCAAUUUUGUGUGUGUUCUCUCCAAUUCUCGCUAGCCCUCCACACCGCCAGCUCCGGUUUCAGCUUGCUGGAAUUUUCUGGUGCUGUUGUGGCUUAGAGCUCUGGGGUCGAGUUUCCUGUUUUAUGCGAAGUGAGGUAGUAUGACACGAGACACAGAAAUCAAGGGGAGUGACGUGGUAGAUGGCUAGCCACUUGAGAUUUGACAUAGAUUCUAGAUAUAUAUACCAUGCUCUUGUAAGUUAGAUUUUAAUUGGAAAUUUUAUGGUAUCAAAACUGAUUUUGUUGAGUAAGUUUCGAGCCUUGUGCACUUGUGAGACCCGUCUCACAAGUGUACGGCGUCUAUUACGCCCUUGGAUUUGGGUUCUGGGGCGUGACACUUUCACCGCUCUCCUCAAGACUUUGCUCAACCUUAUGACGCCUUUCAGACGUGCUUGCUGGCUGCCCCCUUGCUUUCUUUACAACUCUUUUAGUCCUCACCAUUUUGGGGGAUCAUGCAUGAAUCUUAGAGGAAUGGGCCGAAAAUGGUGUGGGUUUGUGUUUGGGUGAGUUAUUUUGGUGAAAUUUGGGAGGAUUUUGGUUGGUUUGAGUGUUAGGUUUCUCAGAGAGUCCAAUAGGGGAGAGAGGGAAAAUGGGGAAAACUGAAACUGCCGUGGUUUUAAUCAAAUCUCGCGCCAAAGAGUCAACUCUUCUAAGUAAAACAGUCGACUCUAG